GUCCAAGAUGGCAGCUGCCGCCAGAGGCGCCUCCUGAAUCGCGGGCCCCGGAGCCAUGAAGCGGGCGAGCGAGCGGGAUUCCAGCCCGGCGGGGUCCGGGGGGACGCGGGGCGCCUCCUCGGCCAAGAGGCCCCGCGAGCGGGAGCGCGAGAGCAGCGGCGCCAGCGGCGGGAGCAGCAGCCGGCGGGGCCCGCACCGGAGCUCGGGCGCCUCCUCGUCGUCGACGUCCGCCUCCGCCUCCGCCUCGUCGCGCAGCGGCCGGGACAAGUCGGCGGCGGGAGGCUCCAGCUCGCGCAGCCACCGCGGGGAAGAGCGGCCCGGAGGCGACUCCAACCACCGCGGCGCCGCCUCGUCCAGCGCCAGGAGCAGCAGCAGCAGCAGCCAAGCCGCCUCCGCCGCGGCGCCGCCGCCCCCGUCCUCCUCCUCGUCCUCGUCGUCUUCUUCGCGGGCGCUGGGGGCCGCCAAGGCCAAAGUGCCUCUGGCCGCCGUGGUCGCCCCAUCUUUGCUGCUGGGCGGGCCUUCGGCGGUGGCCGCGCCGUCGCUGCUUUUGGCGCCGGGGCUCGGACUGACGGCCGGGGUGGGGCUGGCCGGGGAUCCCCCCGGCUCCAGCGAGUACAAGACCCUGCUGGUGAGCGGCCUGGGCCCGGCCCUCCCGGACCAGCUUCUGGAGGACGGUCUGUUCCGCCAGUUCCAGAGGUUCGCUAGCGGCGGCGCCAGUGACAUUAGCGUCAAGCUCUCCCAUACCCCCGAGCUCGGCCGCGUUGCCUAUGUCAACUUCAGGCACCCGGCGGACGCCCGAGAUGCUCGAAGGCAUGCCAGAGCCCGGCAGCUUCUCCUCUACGAUCGCCCCCUCAAGGUGGAGCCUGUGUACCUGCGAGGGGGCAGACGAAGCCGCACGCCCCCACCUACCCCGUCCCCUGAACCCAUGGCUUUCCUGCCCCCAAUCCAUGGUGUCUAUCCUUAUAAACAGAGAUCUCUUUCUCCUGUUGCCACCCCUUUGCUGAGAGAGCCCAGACCACGACAUGCUGCCGCUGCAGCCUUUGCCUUGGAAGCUGUUGCCUUGGGUCUCUCUCGGGAGCGGGAGAGAGUGCUGGAUUACUAUGGACUGUACGACGAGCGUGGCCGUCCCUAUGGCUAUCCCAUAGUGGCUGAAGAGGAUCUUAUGCCAGAGGAUGAUCAAAGAGCGACUCGUAAUCUCUUUAUUGGCAAUCUGGACCACAGCGUCUCUGAGGUAGAACUGAGGCGUGCCUUUGAAAAAUACGGCAUCAUUGAGGAAGUGGUGAUCAAGCGCCCUGCAAGGGGCCAAGGUGGAGCCUAUGCCUUUCUAAAGUUCCAGAACCUGGACAUGGCACAUCGAGCCAAGGUUGCCAUGUCUGGCCGGGUUGUUGGCAGGAACCCUAUCAAAAUUGGCUAUGGGAAAGCCAACCCCACAACCCGACUUUGGGUGGGUGGUCUUGGUCCAAGUACUUCCCUAGCUGCCCUUGCUAGGGAAUUUGAUCGCUUUGGAAGCAUUAGGACUAUUGACUAUGUGAAAGGGGACAGUUUUGCCUACAUUCAAUAUGAAAGUUUAGACGCUGCCCAGGCUGCCUGUGCACAAAUGAGGGGCUUCCCUUUGGGUGGGCCAGACAGGAGACUUCGAGUGGAUUUUGCCAAAGCUGAGGAGGCACGCUACCCUCAGCAGUAUCAACCUGCACCACUGCCUGUACCCUAUGAAUUGCUACCUGAAGGCUACAGCAGGCACAGGAGUCUAGAGCAAGACUUAAGGGUGAGAGACAGGACUCCUCCUCAUCUCCUCUACUCAGACCGGGAAAGGGGCUUUUUAGAGGCUGAUUGGACCAGCCCUGUCAAAAAUGCAGAGCGCAGAAAUAAUUUGGAGACCUACAGUCAGUCAGCACGCAGCCGAAGUGGAGAACGUUGGGGCAGCGAUAGUGACCGAAGCGUGCUCAAACCAUGGGAGGAAAGGCGUAAACGCCGUAGCCUUUCCAGUGACCGAGGGAGAACUGCCCAUUCGCCCUAUGAGGACAGAGGCAGGACAAAACCUGGUGGGCCAGCUUUAGAUCGCAGUCCAGAGAGGGCUCGGAAGGAGAACCACACCACAGAGUCUGCCACGGAGAAAGAGCAGAAUAACUCCCUGCAGAACAACAGGCAUGCAUCAGAGGAGAAGCCUCACCGUGAAACAUCUGAUCCUCAGCCUAAGAAAAGGGACAGCGAACGCAAUCAUCGAACUGCUGAGGCUGAAUCAAAGACUCAUGAAGAGUCCAAAUCUGAAACAAAGAAAUUAAAAAGCUUAUCAGAUUAUGCCCACACGCUGCAGCUUGCCUGGAAUGGGCUACUUGUCCUGAAAAACAGCUGCUUCCCUACAUCUAUGCACAUCCUUGAAGGCGACUUGGGGGUUAUCAAUGGGCUUCUGAAAGACCACUUGUCUGGUGGAAAGCUCACGCAGCUCAAGAUUGCCCAGAGACUUCGGCUUGACCAGCCCAAGCUGGAUGAAGUAACUCGACGUAUCAAGCAAGGAAGCCCUAAUGGCUAUGCUGUGCUGCUGGCUACCCAGACUGCUCAAGGAGCAAGCACUGAAGGGGCCGUCCCUGUGGUAGAGCCUGGCUUGCAAAGAAGGCUUCUCAGGAAUCUGGUCUCUUACUUGAAACAAAAACAGGCUGCUGGGGUGAUCAGCCUUCCUGUGGGAGGGGCGAAGGGUAAAGACAGCACAGGCAUGCUUUAUGCUUUCCCUCCUUGUGAAUUCUCUCAGCAGUACCUCCAGUCCGCACUAAGAACAUUGGGAAAGUUAGAAGAAGAGCAUAUGGUGAUAGUGAUAGUCAAAGACACUGCCUAGUAUUUACUCUCUGUCUCCUCUCUUUCCUCCCUCUUUGCUGAUUCCAUAUUUCUUUGUAUCUCACACAGCCUGGUUGCUUUUAAGGCCAAUUUUUUUGAGCGAGGCUCCAAAAGUCCUCCAAAAAAUUCUACAAUUUAAUUAGUUUCUAAUUUUAAUACCAUUUUAAUCCCAUUUUGUUUUAAUAUGUGACACUGUCUGCUGUGUUCUUAUUUUUUAAAUGUAUGGAAAGUUGUCAGUAAAGCCUUGUUCACUGAUGGAUUUUUAACUUUGUGCAGUGUCCUGGUUUCUGUAGUCUGCCAAUGGCUGGUUCCAAUAGAUAAAGCAAAUAACGUACUUCAGACAGUUCUUCCUUUUACUGCUGUUCAACACUAUUAUACCAGUUUUGUGCUAUUUUGAUUUCUUUGAUAGUUGAAGUCUGCUUGCUUCUUCUCUCUGUGUUUAGGUAGUUAAUGCCAGAAUUUUUUUUAAAAGGUGGAAAAGGUAAUGGUAUCCAUUAUUGGACCAACCUUUUCUUGGUGGAUGAGAGCUUUUGAGACGAUUGUAGCCAAAGAACAGCUCUGUGAAGCUAAAAAGUUUUAGCAGUCCUCAGCUCUUGGUGCAAUAAAACAUAGGCUGCACCAUGGGUGCACCCCCCCAACUCCUCUGUUAACUGUGUUUCCUGUUGGAUUGAUUAUAUUGUAGAUUCAAAGCUACUCUUAGAUUUUCUGUUCAGUACUAACUAUUGGCUACUCAGGAAGACAAAUAACCAGGCAGUUGAGUAGGAUCUGAUAACAAAAUCUAAAUGAUUAUGUUCAUCAGCUCCAGUGGCAAAAAUAAACGAUAAAAACUUGACCAAGUUGCCUGCUUAUAGCGUGUGUCCUAUAUUGCAGUUAUAUACAGUUCUGCUUGUUAUAUACAGUAGGUUAGGCAGGUGGAUGCACUGCUUUUUAGGACAAGGUGGGCAAAUUCUGUCCGACCUAUUAUUUGAGCACUCAUCUUCUGGCAUUGCUCUGGGAUUAAUUAGCACAGAGAAUGAGGAGGUCCUCCUUCUAUGAGGUCCACCUCCCUAGAUAGCAUUUCUUUUGGUCAUAACCAUUUUGGUACAGAAAAUGGCACUCAGGGAUGGAGAACCUGUGGCCCUCCAGAUGUUGUUGAACUGCAGCUCCCCUCAUUCUUAACCACUGACCGUGGUGGCUGGGGCUGAUGGGCGUUGGAGAGCCACCAGUUCCCCAGCCCUGACAUACCUGGUGAUGUGUAGCAAAUACACAAACACUUUCUCACGUGAGCAGAUCAUUGCAAUUAGCAGUGUGUCCACACACAUGCAGCAGGCCAGAGCUGUCACAGGGGAUGUACAUAGGAAAGCUGCUUUAUGUGAAGUGAUCCUCGGGUAAAAAGGAGAAAGCAUGAACUGUAAGAGAUAGUCUAAGGAGGCGUGUGUGUAUGCUGCGGUAAGAGUUUACGCCACAUUCUGCACCAGGGUAUGCCCACUUGUGUCUAAAAUAUGCAAUUAAUAAAUAGAUGUAUGCACACUCACUUAGCUUGCAUAAUUCUCUUUCCAAGAGCUUGCUUUUCAAGGAAUGUGGAAUGUUUUGAAAUAAUGGAUAGGGAGGAUGCUAGAAAGGUUUGAAGACAAGUAAGCUUGAUAAGGUUACAUUGUAGCAUCCCAUAUAGUGUAGUAUCCCAUUCUGGAUUGACAUGAAGUGUACGGGGUGCUGAUCCUCUUAACUGCUAUGACCCUACACAGCCCCAUCUGUGGUUGCAACACUGUUCAGACCAAGGUCAUAAAUACUGAGACUUCGCCAUUCUCUGCUUCUCUAUCCUCUAACUAUUACCAGUUCUCUUGUGCAGUGAAAUUAUGGAAGCAGAGACAACACUAAUGAUUAGCAAAUAAUUAUUUCUAAGCCAGCCAUGUGGUGUUUAAAACAUUUUUUAGGAUGUGUAUUAAAGCGUCCAAGAGAG